AUGAAAAGUGGGCUAUGGGAAAAAGGAGUUAAAUUUUCUUUUGGUAUUUUGGGAAUAAUUUAUUUUCUUUAUUUAAAAAGAUUUGUUAUCCAAGAAUGGGAAAUUUAUCAAACUAAAAAAAAAGAAAGGGACAUUAACACAAACAAAAUUGAAAUCAAUGAAUGUAGUGAAAAUGUCAGAGAUAUUUUAGAAGAGGAAAAAAAAAAUAAGAAAUAUAAAAAAAAAUUCAAUUACCAUAAAGACAAAUGA